AUGGAGUCGCCGCCUCGGUGCGCGCCCCAGCCUGGGCCCCGCUGCCUUCUGCCUCUCUGCCUGCUGCUGCUGCUGCUGUCGACCUCGGAGCUGGGCCUGAGCCCGGCUGGAGCCGAAGAGACCGACUGGGUCCGUUUGCCCAGCAAAUGCGAAGUGUGUAAAUAUGUUGCCGUGGAGCUGAAGUCUGCCUUUGAAGAAACCGGCAAGACUAAGGAGGUGAUUGACACAGGCUAUGGCAUCUUGGACCGGAAGGCCUCUGGUGUCAAAUAUACCAAAUCGGACUUACGGUUAAUUGAAGUCACUGAAACCAUCUGCAAAAGGCUCCUGGACUACAGCCUGCACAAGGAGAGGACCGGCAGCAACCGAUUCGCCAAGGGCAUGUCGGAGACCUUUGAGACGCUGCACAACCUGGUGCACAAAGGAGUCAAGGUGGUGAUGGACAUCCCCUAUGAGCUGUGGAAUGAGACCUCAGCGGAGGUGGCCGACCUCAAGAAGCAGUGCGACGUGCUGGUGGAGGAGUUCGAGGAGGUGAUCGAGGACUGGUACCGGCACCACCAGGAGCAGGACCUGACCGAGUUCCUCUGUGCCAACCACGUGCUCAAGGGAAAGGACACCAGUUGCCUGGCAGAGAAAUGGUCCGGCAAGAAGGGGGACACAGCCGCCCUGGGAGGGAAGAAGUCCAAGAAGAAGGGCAGCAAGGCCAAAGCCUCAGGCGGCAGGAGUGGUGGCAGCCAACAGCGGAAGGAGCUUGGAGGCCUCGAGGGCGAUCCUGGCCCCGAGGAGGAGGAGGAGGGCAUCCAGCAGGCCUCCCCCCUCACACACAGCCCCCCUGAUGAGCUCUGAGCCUCACCCGGUGCCCCCUGUGCGAAGGGCGUAGCAGAGAUCCCCAAUCUGGAAGUGGAAGAGGCUGGGGCAUGGCUCCAGUGGGCAGAGACAGCCUCCCCAGGCCCAGGGCCCCCCUGCCUCGGCUGUGCCC